AUCAAAAUAGUAGUUUGAAGGAAAAUAUCCUGGGUCAGUUUUCACAGAAAUUAAACUCGUGUGGAGUAUGUAACGAUCUCACCCCCUGAGCCUUUCCGUAAAACACUCAAAUCUUUUUGAACAUGCGCUCGUAUACAGUCAAUGACUUUACCGGAAACCAGGUAACUUCAUUCUAACACCACAUUUGACAUUGCUAUUUUGGUCUUUUAAAUGGUACAGUAGACGAGUUGGCAAUAGAGGUCCUACGCUGCUUAAUUUCAAUUUCACCCCAAGUUAAAGAUUCAAGUAGAGCAUUCUCCGAAUACAAUAGACCUGAAAACUAGUAAACGAAAAAAUUGAUGACCCAACAAGUUUAAUUCUCCAAGUGAUUACGUAAACCAGGUAAUUGCUGGUUAAUCAUUACACAAGUUAACAGAUUUUUAAACUUGCACAACUUCGACAAAUAACAUGCUGCUGCCUGUGAAAGAAUGAUCGGAACCCUUGAGUGUGUGCUGUGGAGUGUCCUUUCCCAGUUGGGAGUGAAGACGCUGAGAGUUGCUGCUAGUGUUUUGAGGUGACAUCACGUUGUUUCUUUCUAACCGCACAGCAAACAAGCGGGAUGUCUCUCUCUGGCACACGUCAAGGGCAAGGCAGCUCACUUCCACCAGGCGCCGAGUGCGUCACUCCACCGCGUCACGUGACAGCCGCCGCGUCAUCCCCAUUCACAAAAGUCCUUCAUAAAAAGGCGGUUCGGAGCUAGAGGCGCCAGAGCAAGGGGGAAAGCAAGCAGUUGCAGCAUUGGGAUUGUCACAAAACUCGAGGAACGGCGGAGCUGGCUUCUUGAGUAUCAACUGUCCACAUCAGCAAUUAUGGUCAUGAUGGAAAUCUCUAGUGUUAGUAAUGAAACUCUUGGGCAGCUUCUGAAGGAAGAUUCCUCGAAAUGUUUGUUGCUGGACUGCCGAUCCUUCUUCGCCUUCAACGCUUCGCAUAUCGUGAAUUCGCUUAACGUCCGAUUUAGCACCAUAGUUAAACGAAGGGCGAAAGGGACAAUGGGGCUUGAACACAUCGUUCCAAAUGAAGAGUCCCGCAAGAAUUUAGUAUCUGGUCUUUAUUCUGUAGUUGUUGUGUUUGAUGAAAGGACUUUCGAGUUUGAUUUACUCAAAAAGGACAGCACUGUACUCCUGGCAGUUAAUACGUUGUGCCGAGAAUCCUAUGGGGCAAGGAUUGUUUUUCUCCGAGGUGGCUACGAUGCGUUUUCCUCGGAAUAUCCAGAGUUUUGCACAAAACCUUCGCCUCCGUCGGGAUUAUCUUUACCUCUCAGUACCAGCAGCAACCCCAACAGUGCAGAGUCGAGUUGCAGUUCCUGCGAGACUCCCUUAUAUGAUCAGGGCGGGCCUGUCGAAAUCCUCCCUUUCCUCUACCUCGGAAGUGCCUAUCAUGCGUCAAGAAAGGACAUGUUGGAUGCCUUGGGAAUCACAGCUCUCAUCAAUGUCUCUGCCAAUUGUCCGAACCAUUUUGAGGAGCAUUAUCAAUACAAGUGCAUUCCUGUGGAGGACAGUCACAAAGCGGACAUCAGCUCCUGGUUCAUUGAGGCCAUUGAAUUCAUAGACUCUGUGAAGAAUACUGGCGGCAGGGUAUUUGUACACUGCCAAGCUGGCAUCUCUCGAUCCGCCACCAUUUGCCUGGCUUAUCUCAUGAGGGCGAACCGGGUGAAGUUGGACGAAGCGUUUGAGUUCGUGAAACAGCGCAGGAGUGUCAUUUCCCCCAAUUUCAGCUUCAUGGGACAGCUCUUACAGUUUGAGUCUCAGGUUUUGACCCCUUCGUGCGCUACCGAGGCAGCCAGUCCUUCAAAUAACCCCCCGGGCGCUUCCACACGAUUUGUCUUCAACUUUCCUGUCUCCAUGCCUGUCCGUCCGGCGGCCAAUUCCCUCAACUUUCUGCAGAGUCCAAUCACGACGUCUCCAACUUACUGACACGGAACAUACUGAUUUUGAGACUAAACCAAGUACAAUAAGCUGAAAGGUUGUGUUCACAUUUUGUUUUUCAAUGUACAGAAACCUAUUCUUGAUUUUUAAAGAACGCAAUACCUCAACCAGACCCUUGCACUGUGUCACAUUCUGAAAACUGUCUGGAGAGGAUGCAACUGGCGUUUUAGCACUUUUUUUAUAUACAUUUCUUAAAAUAUUUGACGGAACUGUAAGUGGUAACAGUUUAUACUGACUGUCGGUUUGAUAAUUUAUACAAUUAUUUAUUUACGUAUUGACUAUUUUGUACGAAUCCAAUAAACUUUUUUUAAUAUAA